UGGUGAUAUUUUCUUUAUUUUUCUCCUAAAACAAAACAAAACAGAAACACCCUGAUCUUAAAGUUUCUUAACAUUGGCCAACAUCCAGGGGUCCUAAGAAGAUUCAUAUUGAACAUUUAGUCUCCCAGCAAGGAUGUGUUGUGCAGCUGAUAACAUGGUUGCUCUGUUGCGUGCACUGUUCACAUACUUCCUUUCUUUCAUAUUGCUCUUUGUUUGGGAAAUGUCACAAGAAAAUAGGAAUUUCCCCUCACUCUUACCCCUCCGGCAUGCUUCAGUUACAUUCCUGACUCUGUCCUGGCUAGUACCUCUUCUCGCUAGCGGUUGAAAUUCUGCUUAUGUGCUAAAAAGGGGAUUCCAAACAGACGAGGAAACGGCUUUCAAAUGCUGCCUUGCAGCCGUACCGGCUUCUCCCCCACUGUGCCGUCUGGAAAUCGGGGAGCACCUCUCUACUGAUGAAUUGUAAUGAGUUACUUAAGAUGCCGGAGUGUGCGCCUGGACCUGCGUUUGCUUUCUGCUCCUCCUCGCUUCUUUUUCCCAGGCCCCCUCUUCUCCCUGUUUCCCCUCCUACUUCUUUCCGCCUCCCUCCCACCCCCCGUGUUUCAGUUCUGCAAUACACAGGGCUGAGCCACAUUCCUGCUUUGCAAGGCUUUCUGUUAAGGAUGUAUUGUGGCUUUUGUUUGGAUUGCAGCGUGCAGAAUUACAGCUGCUCAGAGGAGACUCAUUGCAACUCCUGCUGAAGCUCCUCAUCUUCCUCCCUUAUCUCCCGUCCCUCCUCCCUACCCUCACUUGGCCUGAAGACGUGGUCCCCAGAGUUUGCCCUACCUCUCUGGUGCUGUGUGUGUGGUGAGCCAGGUGUGAUGGCCACGUCUGAGACUGGCCAGACAACUGCUGCUGGUGCUCCCUAUUCCAGGAAGGAUUUAAAGGGGAAUCGCACUGCAGGCAAUGCACCAGAGUGGCAGCAUCAGGAGCUGGGGAACUAAGGCUCCUCUGGAAUUAGUGCACGCAUGCAAGCUGACCGCAAUGACAGCAGCUGCUCCUUGGAACUGCAGGCGGCAGCCAGGCGGCAGCAUGAAGUGAGAGAUCACUGCCGAGCUCAAGAUGAACUCCAGCUCCACCCUGGAUGGUAAUCAGAGCAGCCACCCUUUUUGCCUCUUGGCAUUUGGCUAUUUGGAAACUGUCGAUUUUUGCCUAUUGGAAGUGUUAAUUAUUGUUUUCCUAACUGUAUUGAUCAUUUCUGGCAACAUUGUUGUGAUCUUUGUGUCUCACUGUGCACCUUUGCUGGACCAUCAUACCACCAGUUACUUUAUCCAGACUAUGGCAUAUGCUGACCUUUUGGUUGGAGUGAGCUGCCUGGUCCCUUCUUUAUCACUCCUGCACUACCCACUUCCAGUAGAGGAGUCACUGACCUGCAAGAUAUUUGGUUUUGUGGUGUCGGUUCUGAAGAGUGUCUCCAUGGCCUCUCUGGCCUGCAUCAGCAUCGAUAGAUACAUUGCCAUCACUAAACCCUUAACGUAUAAUACACUGGUCACGCCCUGGAGAUUACGUCUGUGCAUUUUCUUGAUUUGGCUGUACUCCAGCCUGAUCUUCCUGCCUUCUUUUUUCCACUGGGGCAAACCUGGAUAUCAUGGAGAUGUGUUUCAAUGGUGUGCAGAGUCCUGGCACACCGACCCCUACUUCACCCUGUUCAUCGUGAUGAUGCUGUACGCUCCAGCAGCCCUCAUUGUCUGCUUCACCUAUUUCAACAUCUUCCGCAUCUGCCAACAGCACACAAAGGAAAUCAGUGAAAGGCAAGCCCGGUUCAGCUGCCAGAGCGGCGAGACUGGGGAGGUUCAGGCCUGUCCUGACAAGCGCUAUGCUAUGGUCCUGUUCCGCAUCACUAGUGUGUUUUACAUCCUGUGGUUGCCGUAUAUCAUCUACUUCUUGUUGGAGAGCUCCACUGGCCGCAGAAACCACUUUGCAUCUUUCUUGACCACCUGGCUGGCUAUUAGUAACAGUUUCUGCAAUUGUGUCAUUUAUAGUCUCUCCAACAGUGUCUUCCAAAGGGGACUAAAGCACCUCUCCGGGGCCAUGUGUGCUUCUUGUACAAGUCACUCCACAGCCAAGGAUCCUUACACAGUUAGGAGCAAAGGCCCCCUAAACGGGUAUCACAUCUAACAUGACUCAGAUGUUCAGUCACUCUGGGGGUGUGACUUUUUUGUCCUCCUUUUUAUUCCUAGUUUACCAGGAAAUCUGGGACAGAAUAAUUUGACUCUUAGCAAUAGCUAAUAAAUAAUCCAUGCAGACACCUUCUCUAAGUUGGCAGUUGUGAUUUUGAAUCAGAAGAGUCAGUAUCAUGGAAAUGAAUUGCUCUUGGUUCCAAUUUUUGAAAUGUCAUGGAAGUGACUACAGUUCUCAGAUUCAAGAGGAAUAAAGCCAUAUCUAACACCUCUUCCCAGCUGGCGUGACUGAACCUGGGUGUGAACAGCGUCAACAUUUUAAAAAGUCACUUUCUUGUUGCUUUUCUGAGAUCUUUCCAGCUACUUGGGCUUCAUGUGCAAUUUAUUUAACAGGGAAUAUUAGAAAACACCAGUUAAUUUAAAAGAUUUUUAAUUUAUUUUUCUUUUUGUGUAUGAUGAAGUAUUCGCUGUAAUUUUCAGUUUUAUCAUUUAGAAGCUAAAUGUUGUAUGUCUUAUUCUCGUGAGCAUUCUUAAUAGGAUGAAUAAUGUGAACAGUU